CGAAUCGCUGAAGAACAAACUUGGUAUUGACCAACCAGUCGACAAUGAGAAAAUAAACCCAAGUGACUGUCAUCUCAGUAUACAAACACCAAGCACUAAACUAGUCAUUGUACCCAAAACUUUUUCGUUCCUCCAAGCAUUGAAGCCAACGAUUCCUCGAAUAGGCCCAAAGUCAAUAAAUUAG